AUGCAGGAUUCACCCAGCUCUCUGGUGAUGGAUGGAUACUCCAGCAAUGUCCCAGCCUUCCUAACAAAACUCUGGACGCUGGUGGAAGACCCUGAAACGAACCAUCUCAUCUGCUGGAGUUCUAAUGGCACCAGCUUCCAUGUGUUCGACCAAGGCCGCUUUGCCAAAGAGGUGCUGCCCAAGUAUUUCAAGCACAACAACAUGGCCAGCUUCGUGCGGCAGCUGAACAUGUAUGGCUUCAGGAAGGUGGUGAACAUCGAGCAGGGCGGGCUGGUCAAGCCUGAGAGGGAUGACACCGAGUUCCAGCACCUCUGCUUCCUGCAGGGCCACGAGCACCUCCUGGAGCACAUCAAGAGGAAGGUGUCAGUAGUGAAAAAUGAGGAGACCAAGAUGCGCCAGGAGGACCUCAGCAGGUUGCUAUACGAGGUACAGAUACUGAGAAGUCAGCAGGAGAACAUGGAGUGUCAAGUGCAGGACAUGAAGCAGCAAAAUGAAGUUCUUUGGCGGGAAGUUGUUUCUCUCCGGCAGAACCACUCACAGCAACAGAAAGUCAUCAACAAGCUGAUUCAGUUUCUGUUUGGCCAGCUCCAAUCAAGCCCCAGCAGCACUGGGAUAAAGAGGAAGCUACCUCUGAUGCUUGACAAUGGGAACUCAGCUCCACCAGUGUCCAAGUUCAGCCGGCAUUUGUCCCCAGAGCCCCUCCACGACCCCUAUUUCAUACAGUCGCCCUCAACAGAGCCUGCCUCUUGCUUAAACAGCCCUGCAAUUGCUGGAGGACCCAUCAUAUCUGAUGUUACUGAAGCAUCACCAUCCAACAUCAUGAAUAUGCAAUCCCCUCCUGAAAAUGACAGGGAGAAGUGCCUCAUGCUGAUCAAGGAAGAGCCAGUGAGCCCUGGAGUGAAAGCCAGCACGGAGCCUGAGGUGCCCCUGCCCGGCUGCCGGGCCUGCCCCGAGCCCCCGGUGCUGCCCGUGGCCAUGGUUCAGUCUGUCCUGGAGGGCAAAGGCAGCUGUGGUGCAGCCACAGGGACCUCCCAAGCACCCGAGAGGAGAGGCAGGAGGGCCCUGCUGGACAGAACAGAUAUUUCAGACCCGUUGGAGGGCACUGACUGGAGCCUGGAGGGGCUGCAGCUGCUGCUGAGGAGCCAGCAGUACAGCCUGGAGCCUGCCAGCCUCUUGGAUGUCUUUAAUCCAAAUUUAUCUCUGAGUGAGUGGAAUUUGACUGAAAUGGAAGCCAGUCUGCCCCCGAUGCAGCGAUUCACAGUGGAUCUGGAGAAGAGUGCAACUGAGCUGCCCCCAAAAGUGUUCAACCCACCAUUCAACAACACCUGCCCAGGGAAAGAUGUCAUUCUUGAAAGUGCCCAGCAGCUCCUCCUUGACCGUCAGUCCAUCUUUGGGAACGACCUCAUCAACUUGCCUGAAAAUUCAUCACUUUAUGUUCCUUCUGAAAAUAUAGUUUCCUAUAUGUCCUCUGUGGGUGUCCAAGGAGAUAUCCCUCUAAACCUGAGUUCUUCCACGGACAACAGCCAGUGAUUUA